AUGAUUUGUGGAUAUCUUCUGGGAGUGCUUCUUAUCACUUGUGUAAAUGCCGUUGAAAUAAGUUCUCAUUCGCGCGUUUCCAAAGAUGGCGAUAUCCAACAAAGCACCAAUGCUAAUGACAGCACAGUGGAUCGAGAAACCGGGCGAGCAUCAGGUACCGGGAAUUACCAAAUUCCAUUUCAAGGACUUCUCACGAAGCCAGUUCGAUACAGAACCAAUAGUUACCGGGAAAGCUACAAAACACCAAAGUACGUGGUUUAUCCCAGUAACAGUCAGUUGACAGAUACUUCAGGAUCAUCGAGCAAAGAUGUCGCUAUGGACCGAUUUGCUCCUGGAGAAGCAUAUGGAGGCACAAUUUACAAAAUAUUGAAGCAGAAGCAAAAAGGAUAUGAGUACCGGAAGCCCAUCAACGCAGCUUUAGAUGAUUCAUCAACGACAGGACCUCCACUUUCACAACCUCCUCCACCUCCACCUCCACCGCAACCCGUUCAAUCAGCACCCAUCACACCUCCUCCGCCACCACCGAGUAUCGUAGCACCGACCCCUGUACCACCCAGUGAUUCUUCCAGUAGCGAUUCCGGUUCGAAACCAGGUGCUGCGAACAAUUUUCCUCCUAACAUCGACUCUAGCUAUCCACCCAGUCUGAGCAGUCCGCCGGAUUACAACAGUCCAAUAACAAGCUACUUACCACCGAGCUCUAACCCUUCACUUCCUAGCUCCCCAUCGUCAAACCAAUACAUUCCUCCACCUGAUCUCUUCAACUUUCCACCAAACAUAAAAGCCAACUAUUUACCACCACCACCGGCCGAUGGACAAUUCAAGUUCAACGGAGUGUCAAGCUAUCUUCCGCCGCCAGCCGGAGUACCUUCUGAUUCUGGCCCACCAUCACCGGACACCGGUCCUCCAUCAGACAAUGGUGACAUGGUCGGAGCCAUCCCGGUUGGUCCAGGUAAACCCCAAUACCUACCGCCAAAUCAAUCUUACUUGCCACCGCAAUCCAUGAUGAAUAUGCAACCUGAACCCAUGAGCAUGCCCACUGUGAUGAACGACAUGGGAGGUCCCUCUCCUAUGAUGAACGACAUGGGUGGCCCCCCUCCCAUGAUGAACGAUAUGGGUGGUCCUCCCCCUAUGCACGACCAUCACCAUCCAUUCCACUUCAGCGGAUACGAUCACUAUCACCCACAUGAUCAUUACCCGGAGUAUAUAUUUGAUGAUCACCAUCAUGAUCAUGAUCACUAUUUCGAUCAUGAUCAUCAUAGUGAUGAGUCAACUGCGCCGCCACCUCCACCGCCGCCGCCACCACCACCACCACCACCGCCACCGCCACCAGAGCCAGGCACUCCACGUGUCAAAAACUACAGCUACUACUACAUCAGUCGAACGCUCUGGUACGUCCCGCUGUAUUUCACUCUGUAUUUCUGCUUCUACGUGCUAAUUCUGAUUCUGCGAUCAAUUGCGCGACAUAAGGUGAACAUUCCCAACCAAUGGGUUGGAUCGCGAUCACUGGAGGCAAUGCCGACCAUGACGAAUGCGCAGAUAGUAGACAAGGUGGACCAUUUGACAGAUUUCGUGAUGCGACAGAUUGAAGAUUUUAAGGACAAGUACGUCGGAUCAUAA